AUGGACAACAACAAGGAAGGAGGGUCUAUCAACAGGCCACCCAUUUUGGAUGGAACCAACUAUGACUAUUGGAAGGCUCGUAUGGUUGCUUUUCUCAAAUCCAUUGACAACAAAACUUGGAAGGCUAUUGUCAAAGGGUGGAAACAUCCAGUUAAGGCUGACAAGGAGGGAACCUCAACAACUGAACUGAAACCUGAGGAGGAGUGGAACAAGGAAAAAGAUGAGGAAGCUCUAGGCAACUCCAAGGCACUGAAUGCCAUCUUUAAUGGAGUUGACAAAAAUAUGUUCCGGCUUAUCAACACCUGCACAGUAGCAAAAGAUGCUUGGGAAAUCCUCAAGGUGCUCAUGAAGGAAGAGGAGACAAUCUCUGACUUUCAUAUGCGAGUACGUGACUUGGCAAAUGCAUCAUUCGCUCUUGGUGAACAAAUGUCUGAAGAGAAGCUUGCGAGGAAGAUCUUGAGAUCGUUGCCUAAGAAAUAUGACAUGAAGAAAAACAAGAGUAUAGCGUUUGUGUCAAAUGUUGAAGAUGAUGACCAAAGCGAGAAAGAUGCUGAUGAGGAUAUUGCUGAAGCUAUAGCUUUACUUGGGAAGAAAUUUAGCAAAGGCAAGGAAGAAGACAAGACUGGCAGAGGCAAGGGGAUUCAGUGCCAUGAGUGUGAAGGCUUUGGUCACAUCAAGGCAGAAUGUCCAACCUAUAUGAAGAAGCAAAGCAAGGGUAUGGUAGCAACAUGGUCUGAUGAUGAUUCUGAAGAAGAAGGAUGCUAUUCAACAAAUGGGAAGAAGCAUGCAGUCAUGGCUGGUCUGGAAGCUGACAAGAAGAGACUGAAAGAUAUGAACAAGAAUCUCCAAGAGGAGAUCUCUGUAUUGAAAUCAAGACAUGAAGAAAUGAUCAAGUCUGUACGAAUGUUAAAAAAGGGCAGUGAUGUGCUAGAUCAAAUUUUGGAGACUGGAAAAAUGGCUAAAGAUAUGAAGGGAAUUGGAUAUGGCCUAGAACCCACAUCAGAAGGAGGUAGCAAAUCAGAGAAUAAUUUUGUUCCCUCAGAGAAAAGAACAGAAUUCAAGGUGACAAAUCAGAUGUUCCAACAAGGUGUCAAACAUGUGUACCCUCAGAUACCUUAUGUGUAUCCUCAAGUGAGGAGUAAGAGAAACUAUAGCUGGAGAUGUCAUCACUGUGGUAGGUUUGGGCAUAUAAGGCCCUACUGUUACAAAUUGUUUGGGUUUCCCAGACCAAGUAAUAGAUACUAUGUGAACUAUCAGCCUGACCAACGGAGACAAGAGUGGAAACCAAAAGGAGGUAUACAUGCUCUUAUUGCUCACACUUCUCUUAGGGUAUCCUCAGAAGAAGAUUGGUAUUUUGAUAGUGGAUGUUCUAGACAUAUGACUGGGGUAAAGAAUCUUCUUGAUAAAGUUAAACCUCGUACUACCAGCUAUGUAACUUUUGGGGAUGGUGCUAAAGGGAAAAUCAAAGGAUCAGGAAAGUUGGUCAGCUCUGGGUCACCUGGACUAGAUGAUGUUCUGCUAGUGGAAGGGCUAACUGCAAACUUGAUAAGUAUAAGUCAACUAUGUGAUCAAGAUUUUGACGUGUCUUUUAACAAAACUGCUUGCAGGGUUAUUGAUAGCAAUGGUGAAGUGGUUAUGAGAGGAACUCGUUCAAAGGACAAUUGUUACAUGUGGACAUCUCAAGACAAAGCAAUGUCUUCAAAGUGCUUGUCAACAGUUAAGGAGGAGGUUAUUCUAUGGCAUCAAAAACUGGGCCACUUGAACCCCAAAGGCAUGAAGAUGAUCAUUUCAACUGAGGCCAUCAUGGGUCUGCCCAAGCUGAAAAUAAAAGAAGAUAGAAUAUGUGGUGAGUGUCAGGUUGGCAAACAAACUAAGGCAUCUCAUAAGAAACUUCAGCAAGUUCCUACAUCCAGAACUCUUGAAUUAUUACACAUGGAUCUUAUGGGCCCAAUGCAAGUGGAGAGCCUAGGAGGAAAAAGGUAUGCAUUUGUUUGUGUUGAUGAUUUCUCUAGAUACACUUGGGUUAAUUUUAUUGCAGAAAAAUCAGAUACCUUCAGUGUAUUUAAAGAGCUGUGUCAGCAAAUUAAAAGGGAGAAAGGUUAUGGUAUUGUAAGAAUUCGCAGUGAUCAUGGGAAAGAAUUUGAAAAUGGCAAGUUCUCUGAAUAUUGCUCAGAUGAAGACAGAGAGCUAAGGAGAAAGCUUGAUCCUAAAAGUGAUGAAGGCAUCUUUCUUGGAUAUUCAACCAACAGCAGAGCCUACAGGGUCUACAACAAUAGAUCCAGAACUAUGAUGGAGUCAAUAAAUGUAGUGAUAGAUGAUAGCCUAGGAGAGUUGAAAAAUAUUGAAGAGGAUGAAGAUGAUACUCCUUUCCAGUCAGAUGAUGGUAAUCCACAUGUGUCCGACAUCAGGUCCAACAAUGAGGCUGACAACAAUACUGAGAAUCUGAAUACAGGGAAUAAAAUACCCUCCAUUAGAGUUCAGAAGAAUCAUCCUAAGGAGAACAUCAUUGGAGACCUGCAUGAAGGGGUUACCACUAGAUCAAGAUAA